AUCUGUUUGAUCUCUUGAACCAACAUCAGCAAAAGCAAUUGGCCGGAGACCUGGUUGGAUCAUUAAUGUGGAAGAAUAUAAGUGCAUAUGAGGAAAGGGGGGGUUAACACUGACGAGCGUGUAUCAGCUGGACUGAAAUGAGCACUGAGGUAGUCUGUCCUGUCCUGCUCUGAUGGUAUGCGUACCUCUAUCUCCAGCAGCCUGUGCUCAUUUACAGUAAUCAAAAGCCUGCUCUUCUGGGAGAUUAACUCAUUCUGUCACCGCGGGCCGUCAUCCUGGAAACCAUGACGAUUAAGAAGAUGUGUCGCAGGAUGACAAACCAGUCGACAGCCAACCAGUCCAACACAAACAAGGCGAAGAAUAAAGAAGAAAACCAACAAGAUGACAACACUGAAGUUGCGUAUAAAGAUGCGGGCCACUGCAGCCGUAACACCCACAGCCUGCUGCUGGGACUUACUGUUGGGGGUGUUGUUAUGGGAGUGUUGUUUGGGAUGCUGCUGCGGUACAUGAAGGUGACGGACAGCUCUGCCCUCACUAUGGUUUCCUUCCCUGGAGAAAUCCUCAUGAGGAUGCUGAAGAUGCUCAUCCUGCCUCUAAUCAUCUCCAGCCUUAUCACAGGGCUGGCUGGUCUAGACGCCCGCUCUAGUGGCAGGAUGGGUAGUAGAGCCAUGGUUUACUACAUGUCCACCACUGUAAUCGCUGCAAUCCUCGGGGUCAUACUGGUGUUGGGAAUCCACCCGGGGAACCCCAAACUAAGGGGAGGCUCUUCGAGCUCAGCCCCCAAGAACCAGGAGGUCAACAGUCUGGAUGCCUUCCUCGACCUGAUCAGAAACCUCUUUCCUGAGAACCUGGUGCAGUCCUGCUUCCAACAGGUUCAGACGGUGCUGAAAAAGGUGUCAGUUGCAGCACCAAACCAAACUGAGCCCAUCUUAGUGAACAAGAAGAAACUGGAAUACAAAUGGGGCAUGAACGUCCUCGGCUUGAUUGGCUUCUUCAUCACCUUUGGGAUCUGCAUGGGCAGGAUGGGCGAGAGAGGGAAGGUCAUGUGCGACUUCUUCAACGUCCUCAACGAGAUUAUAAUGACGAUGGUCUCCAUGAUCAUGUGGUACUCUCCUGUUGGCAUUGCCUCUCUGAUUGCGGGGAAGAUUGCGGCCAUCGGAGACCUGGAGGUGGUGGCCAGGCAGCUGGGUAUGUACAUGGUGACCGUCAUCGUGGGCCUGGUGAUCCACGGCGGCUUGAUCCUACCUGCUAUUUUCUUUGUCAUCACAAGAAAAAACCCCUUCACUUUCUACUCUGGAAUAUUCCAGGCUUGGAUCACUGCUCUGGGCACCGCUAGCAGUGCAGGGACGUUACCUGUCACUUUCCGCUGCCUGGAGGAAAAUCUGAAGAUUGAUAAGCGUGUGACUCGCUUCGUGCUGCCCAUUGGUGCCACCAUUAAUAUGGACGGCACUGCACUGUAUGAGGCAGUGGCAGCCAUCUUUAUCGCCCAGAUGAAUGAUAUCACGCUGGAUGCCGGGCAGAUUAUCACCGUCAGUAUGACUGCCACCCUGGCCAGUGUUGGAGCUGCCAGUAUUCCCAGUGCUGGACUGGUUACCAUGCUGCUGAUCCUUACAGCUGUGGGCCUACCUACUCAGGAUAUCAGUCUGCUCAUCGCUGUCGACUGGCUGCUUGACAGAAUGCGUACCUCCAUCAAUGUGGUGGGCGACUCAUUCGGUGCUGGAAUCGUGGACCACUUGUCGAAGGAUGAACUUGCCGAACUUGACGCGGCAGAUAUGCAAAUUCUCCCGCCGGAGGAGGAGCUUGAUUUCAUCCCUCCGCCCCCAAUCCUUACAGAGAUGGACCUGGUCGACCCUUUCAAACCACCCGAGCUGCCACCUCGCUCCCCUCGCCCACCCAAACAAAACCACCAUGGUCACGUUCUCUCCCAGUCCUCUGUCACUUACUCACCGUCCCGCUCUAUCCGAUCUCCAUCACCUCGCUCCAUCCGCUCUCCCUCUCCGCGCUCCGUCUGCUCCCAUUCCCCUCGACCUUUCCGUACUCAUUCACCAUGCCUCCUCCGCAGGACGGAGCCGGGCUACUGCGCCCUGCCCAGCCAUGAUAACCAGAUUCCCACGCUGCCUCACUCCUACCGAGAGAGAGACAGGGAACGGGAGAGGCUGAGGCGAGAGAGUGAAACAGAGGAGGAGGAGGAGAGAGAGAGGGUUCUGGGUGAAGUAAGCGAUGGUGAGGAGAGCGAUGACACUGCUUAUGAUCGGAGGCACGUCCUCCCACCGCCCGACUUGCCGUGAUUGGAUUUUAGCACAGAAAAUCUUCCUUGUCGAUUAGUUUCCGUUGUACGACGGCUUUCCCCACUUUAGUGCACAGCUCCACAGGGUUCCAGUGGAGCUUCACAGUGGAUUUCUGGCUGGUUACAUUUCUACUUCUUAGAUGUAUUUUAAAUUCACUGCUCUUGAUUAACAGAACUGUUGAAUAAGUGAUUGAUACGUUUACUUAGAGCUUAAUAUACAUAGAUAUUAAAUUGUUGCGAUGGCAGGUCUGAGACUUUUGCUCUUUGGUUUCCUGCGAGAGCUUAAAUGGAGAGUUUUUUCCCUUGUUUACUCAUUUCCUUUUUAUAACAUUCUGUCUUUAUUUGUCAUUUCUCAACUAAAUUUAAAAUACUUCUGUAUGUCUGAACUUCCUUCAGUUUGUCUGAUGAGGAGAAAAUCUCCUCUUGAUAAAGAAAAGUAGCUUGGUGUCAAGGCCACCUUUUUUACCAGCCUUUUAACACACAACCACAAGUUAUUAGUUGAUCCUUUACCCUCAACCCUUUCUACUUAUAUUUUCCUAGCAGGAGGGGAAAAGUAUUCACAAUAGUUUCACAUUUAGAAAUAUGCUUAUUCGUUUUCUUGCAGAAAGUUAGAUGAGAAACUUGUGUGUUACAGUAAAGGUAACAGUUUGUCACGUUACAGCCCGUUUGUUUAAUUGAUACAAAAACCAGCGUGAUGAGGACAAUUUGUCAGUUAAUAGGAUGUGAUGUGUUGGGCUAUUUCUUGGUUACUUCGGUUUUUGUGUGAAUUAAACAAGCAAAAUACACCAUGUUAACCGGUGAGUGCUGGUUGGCGGAUUUUGUUACCUUUGGGCCGAGCCAGGCUAGCUGUUUCCCCCUGUUUCAAGUCUUAACUCGAAAGAGAUAGUGUUCUUCUCAUUUGACUCUUGGAAAGAAAGCCGAUAAACGUAUUUUCCCGAAAUGUCAAACCAUUCCUUUAAAUGACCUCAAAAACACCAACAGGUUCAGGUAAAAAAACUAAUAUACAACCAGCAGACAUUAUUUUAUAAUAUUACAAAACUGUUAAAUAAGUGAUUGAUAUGUUUACUUAGAGCUUAAUAUACAUAGAUAUUAAAAUGAUGGCAGGCCUGAGACUUUUGCUCUUUGGUUUCCUGCGAAAGAGAGCUUAAAUGGAGAGUUUUUUCCCUUGUUUACUCAUUUCAUUACAGAAAGUCUGCUCUUGAUAAAGAAAAGUAGCUUGGUGUCAAGGCCACCUUUUAACCAGCCUUUUAACGCACAACCACAAGUUAUAAGUUGAUCCUUUACCUCAACUCUUUCUACUUAUAUUUUCAUGGCAGUAGGGGAAAAGUUUCACAUUUAGAAACACGCUUAUUCUUUUUUUUUGCUGAGAGAUGAGAAACUGGAUGUUACAGUAAAGCUCACUGUUUGCCACAUUAUAGCUUGUUUGUUUAAUUGAUACAAAAAACAGUGUGAUAAGGACAAUUUGAUGUUUAAUAGGAUGUGAUGUGCAGGGCUAUUUUCAUUACAGAGAAAUAGUAUAGCAUAUAAAUGUCUGUAAAACCACAACUUAUUGUAUUUACACCUCGAUUCUUUGUGUGAAUUAAACAAGCAAAAUACACCAUGUUAACCAGUGAGUGCUGGUUGGCAGAUUUUGUUACCUUUGGGCCUAGCCAGGCUAGCGGUUUCCCCUGUUUCAAGUCUUAACUCGAAAGAGAUAGUGUUCUUCUCAUUUGACUCUUGGAAAGAAAGCCGAUAAGCGUAUUUUCCCAAAAUGUCAAACCAUUCCUUAAAUGACCUCAAAAACACCAACAGGUUCAGGUAAAAAAACUAAUAUACAACCAGCAGACAUUAUUUUAUAAUUAACAGAACUGUUAAAUAAGUGAUUGAUGUGUUUACUUAGAGCUUAAUAUACAUAGAUAUUAAAAUGAUGGCAGGCCUGAGACUUUUGUUCUUUGGUUUCCUGCGAAAGAGAGCUUAAAUGGAGAGUUUUUUCCCUUGUUUACUCAUUUCAUUACAGAAAGUCUGCUCUUGAUAAAGAAAAGUAGCUUGGUGUCAAGGCCACCUUUUAACCAGCCUUUUAACGCACAACCACAAGUUAUAAGUUGAUCCUUUACCUCAACUCUUUCUACUUAUAUUUUCAUGGCAGUAGAGGAAAAGUUUCACAUUUAGAAACACGCUUAUUCCUUUUUUUUGCCGAGAGUUAGAUGAGAAACUGGAUGUUACAGUAAAGCUCACUGUUUGCCACAUUAUAGCUUGUUUGUUUAAUUGAUACAAAAAGCAGUGUGUUACCUUUGGGCCGAGCCAGGCUAGCUGUUUCCCCCUGUUUCAAGGCUUAACUCGAAAGGGAUAGUGUUCUUCUCAUUUGACUCUUGGAAAGAAAGCUGAUAAGCGUAUUUCCCAAAAUGUAAAACCAUUCCUUUAAAUGACCUCAAAAGCACAAACAGGUUAAUGUAAAAAAACAUAUGUACAACGAGCAGACAUUAUUUUUAUAAUUCUCUACCUUCUUGCAUCUCUUGACAUUUUCACCCUUGGUGCUCUUCUCGCACAUCACCUCAUUUUCCUCCAACAGCGGUCACUCUUUAUGUUAAUAUUGUCUAUAUUAUCUAUGGUUUGUAUUUUCUCGUUGUGGUCUGAUGUCUGAAAUGAUGAGCAAUAGGCAAGAUGGUGUUUUGAUUUUGUGGUAUGUUUAAAUUUACUAGUCCUUGAUUGCUGUAAAAUAACUCCAUCAAUCUCUUCUUCCCCACUCAAUUGCCUUUCAUUUUAAAUAUAAGUUCAUCGACUGCCUCCCUACAUCCUUAGGUCUUCAAUCAGAUUCACAGGUCCAGGUCAUGUGUAUAUUGUAUGUAAUAAAAUCUUAGAGAUUUAUUUCAAAUAAC